AUGCCACCGGGUGUUCAGCCUCUUUCUGUUGAUGAUUGUAAUACCUGCUCUAAGAUUAAAGUUGAACUUGAUGGGUUAAAGACUAGCAACCCGAAUUCUUCCAGAAUAACUGAAUUGGAUACAGAACUGAAGGUUCAUUUAGCAAAGCAGAAAGCUGCUCAGAAUAUGAUGAAAAGCUACGAAAGCAACCAGUAUGAAAAUACUGAAGUUGUAUGUAUUGAUUUACAACAGGCAUUACCCACGCCUAAACUUACCUGCAACAUACAAUACUACAAAAGAAAAAUGUGGACUUACAACUUAGGAAUCGAAACCUAG